AAUCAAUGUUGAUAUAUAAAACACCCCAACUUUACAUAUGUGUUCUUCUUGAUCUUACAGCCAUUAAUGAAGAAUGGAUAGCCUUUCUGUGGAUAUGGCAGAGUGGCAUCAACUGCCUUUCAACUCCUGGACAGAAACUCAUGUGAGCUCCUGGUUGGAAUCAAUUGGAAUAAAAGAAAAGUAUAUAAUAAAGAUGAAAGAAGAAGAGGUGACUGGAUCAGUUCUUACAACACUACAGAGGAAUUAUCUCAACAAAACCAUUGGAAUGAAAAGUGGCCAAAUUGAACAUUUACUCAAGAAAAGAGAUGAUCUAUUAAAGACAGAGCAGUGCAAGACAAAGACAAAAACUGUUGCAGUUAGUAAUAAGAGUGAUGACAGAGAAGUAAUUCCCUUUGUUUCAGCUGAAGCCUUUGACCAUGAAGUGGAAAAAGAUAGCUCUAAUGCAUGCAAUGAUUCUGUAAAAACUGGUGUGGCUUUUUGUGAGUAUAGGACUUUUGACCAGCAUCCAACAAACUUUAGAUAUGUGAAGCAUAAUCUUCUUCCCCCAGAGACAGGACCGGAAAACAUGAUUGAUCCGUGUCAUGAAUACAAGUCACUAGAACUUGCUCACAAACUGGAGUCAAGAAAACUGAAAACAAAAGUGGCAAGUGAAGUCUUGAGAUUUGCUUGUGCUUGUAUGAAUAUGAGAGCCAAUGGCACCAUUCAUUUUGGUGUAAUGGAUAAUGUCAAAUCUACUCACAAGCAUGGUGAGAUCAUAGGGAUACCUGUCCAAAGUCAAGAAGAUUAUGUUGAAGCAUUAGAUUACAUAGAAAAAUGUUUUAAAGGGUCAAAUCAACAAAGUGAUGCUAGGAAAUGCAUCAGAAACCCUUGUUUUAUUGAGGUCCUUGAUAAGGAAAAUGUUGGGAAAAGAUGGGUUGUUGAAUAUGACAUUGUUCCAAAAGCCAGCAUUGUCAAAGAUAAACUAUACUCUGUUGGUGUCCCCAAGUUCUCUGAAAAAGAUGGCAAAGUGAAAUGUGAAGACCAGAUCCCCUAUCACAGAGUGGGAGCAAACACGCCACGGAUAACUGAUGAUGAACUCAUCCGUUUUAUUCAAGAUCUGAGAGAGAAGGACCAGCAAAGAGAGGAGGCAGAAUCCUCAGCGACCCAAACACCUGUGGAAACCAGAGAGGAUCAAAAGAGAAAGCUCUCCAUCCUUCUAACAGGAGGGAAAACACAAAUGGACAACUCUCUGUUUUACAUUGUAGUGACAAACAAAAUACAGCCAGAGUAUCUUGACAGCAUAACCUUCUUGGUUAACAUGAAUCUUUUUUGUGUGUUUGACUUUGACCCUGAUUCUGAAACAUCUGGUCUGUAUGGCAAAUACAAGGAGCAGAAGGCUGUAACACCACAUUUUCUUAAUGACUAUGAAAACAACAAACGACUGGAAACUUCAGAUUUAAUUGAUUCCUUGAAGCUCCAUGAACGAGUUAGUUGGGUCUAUUGCAACGGAAGAAACAAUUUUCCUGGUGGCGAAUGUCCCAUUGAUGAAAUACAUUGGAUCAAAACAAAGAAAAAAAAGAUGAAAAAAGCUGUGUCACUAAUCUGCAAUGAGAUCCUCCCCAAGCGCUCAUUUGUUGUACUCUUUUUGCUUAUGUCUGACGUUCAACAGCCUCUGGUGGAGAUGUUUCAUGAGUUUUAUGCAGAAAUGAAUGGACAUGAUUGUUUAGCAGUCAUUGCAGAGUCAAAGGAAAACUACAAAAAAUGGUCAAGUCUUGCUCAGGUCUCUUGUCCCAUCUCUGCUCUCAAAGAAAUCAGUAUUGUCGACAUGCCCCUGAGUCACGUGGAUGCAACAGUUCAAAGCAUUCAGCUUUUAAAAAACCAACCAGAAAGGAAACUACCAGUCUCCAACGGCGGUUUGUGUUUCCUAAAAUCUGGUGACGAGGCAAUGCUAGAUUCAUUAGAAAUCAUCAGCGUAGACCAGUGUGAUGAUACCAACCUAGAAAUCAUGAGUGAUGAUGACAUCAAGGAAACUGAACUCUACUUCUAUCGUGGUGGAAAAAUUAACUGGAUUAACUUUUGGCUUGCUGAUAAGCAUAAGUGUGGAGACGUCAUUGAGCGGGAUGCAUAUAAAGAUGCAAGCUCAAUCCUUGAUGUUAUAGUACAUCGUCCCAAAGCCGUACGGCCAGUAGAAAGUUUGAACAUAUAUCAUCAUCCUGGCAGUGGGGGAAGCACAGUGGCACGACAAAUGCUCUGGAGUAGGAGGACAAAAGUACGAUGUGCAGUUGUGAAACAGUCAAAAGAAGCCACUACUGUCUGUGAGCAUGCAGUGAAACUGAGGGAACAUAAGGAGAAUGACAAAAACAACUGUCUCCCUGUGCUCCUCCUGCUGGAGGACGAAAAUCCAGAUUACAUUGAUAAUCUUCGGCGGAGUCUUGGAAAUGUCAUCGCAAUCAAAAAGAUAAAUCCUUCAGUGUUGUGCUUCAUACUGCUCAUCUGCAAUCGAUCAAAUGAUCCAGAGAGAAUGUGCAGGGCAUCACCAUCUCAAACAGUGUCAGUCACACACAAACUAACAGAUAAAGAAAAAUCUUUGUUCCUGGAGAAAAGUGAACAACUUAAAUUCCAGUUUGAGGACUUAGACUUUAAAUUCAUUCUAACAUUUGUUCUCAUGAGUAAAGAAUUUCAACCAACCUACAUAGAGGACUUUGUUAAAAAUAUUUUAGAUAACAUUGAUCAUACAUCACUUACCACUCGCCUCAUUAGAUUUGUGGCUCUACUAAAUUGUUACGUAAAAGACUCUUACAUAUCAAUCUCUCAUUGUGAGGCAUAUCUUGGUAUUGCUCUGCACCAGGUUGGAACUCGGUACCAUGCCUUUGUUGAUCACCUUAGUGAUGAAGCUAAAUUAAUUUUCAUCCACCUUAGAGAUAGUUCAACACACAUUGAGUUGAUCCGAAUCAUUCAUCCUCUAGUUGCCAAAGAAAUUCUGAGUCAGCUCUCUGUUAAUUUCCCUCAAAGCUCUAUUGUCGCAGAACUCAUCAGCAAUGAUGUACUGAUCAAUCACAGGUUUGACAGAGAUCAGUUUCUAAAGGUUAUAAUGGCUCUCUUCAUUAGACGCAAUAAGAAAAGCAGGGGAGAUCCAGAGGACACUAUUUUUUCACCACUUAUUGAGAAAGUCAGCACUGAAAGAGGUGGUGUUCAAAAAGCUGUUGACCUGAUGAAAGCUGCAUUCAUGGCUUUGGGAAAAGAUGCUUAUGUGGCACAGCAGCUUGCCCGACUGCUUUACACUAAUGAGAGAUUUGAGGAGGCUCUUCAGUGGGCACAGGAAGCAAAAUCUCUGUCACCACAUGACAUGUUCAUUCUUGACACACUGGGUCAAGUUUACAAGCGGUGGUUUUACCACUUGUAUGAUACACUUGAAGAAAAAGAGCCCUCCCCAGAAAGGGCAGUUGAAAUCAUAAGCAUUGCCUUAAAAGGAGUAUCUGCUUUUAGAGCCUCUGAAAAAACACCAAAGAAAGAGACGGUUAACCUUAACAGCUCAUACUAUGGAGAAGUGGAUGUUGGCUGCAGACUGUUGAAGUUCUUGUCAGAAGUUGAUGUUUUUUCAAAAACUACUGGAUACUCAGAGCUAAUGAAGUACUUGCUUGAAGACUACAUACCAGAGGAAGUCAAAGUACCCUGGCAGAAGUUUCAUCAACAAUUGAAAGGGUUGGAGAGGAGCUUGAGGCAAGCUCUGGAGUGCAUUUCCGAAGACCUAAGUUACUUUCAGACUGAUAUUAGUGAAGAGGAAGAGGAACUUGAUGCAAGAGAUCCAGAACAAGUUUACAAUCCAAGGGAUUGGUUGAAAAGAAAAAGUGCUGUUUAUGCAGGAUUCUUUUGUGGCAUGCAAGAGGAGAGAGAUACAGCAAGUUAUGCAAAUUCUGGAAGCAUGCUUUCACCUUUCCAAAGACAGAUGAGGACCUACAAGCUUGGAGGAGGUAACGUUACAUCAAUCCUUAAAUUACUCUAUGACAAUGACAGAAGGAGGGCAGGAAAAAACCUUGAGGAAAUUAUGGACAUGUAUCCAGAAAAUGACAUGGAGAGGUGGAGAGGUCUGGAUGAGACAGAGCUCACAAAUGUUAUUUUUUGCCAGAUAGCUCUUAACUGUAUCCUUCCUGGCUCUUCAAAGCUCCUAUCCCUCAAACAGCUGCAUGAUCUCAGCAAAGGAUUUAAGACCAAAGGAAAAUACAUGUCAUCAGCCAGUGCCCUCUUCCUUCUCUCCCUCCUGUUUUGGCCUGAGAACACAGAAGAAGUGAGUGCAGCCGAUUCCCAGAUUCUUCUAUUGGCCAUCGAUGCUCUUCAGAGACUCUGUGAACAAAAAAUCCAACACAUGUCUCAGAGAAAAAGUAGAAUUGUCACACACUUCUUUUUGGCAAAGGCAAGAGGUCUAAACAAGAUUAUCCAUAGAAGUGCUAUUGAGAAGCACAUCAAAGGAACUCUGAGUGAGAGGAAGCUAAAAUGGCUCGGAGGGGAAGUUUGGAAAACCAAACAAAUUGUGCAGCAACUGAAGCGGAUUGAAGGGUGGACAGAAAAUGAAAACCUGUAUGUCCAAUGUGGGCAUAGAGACAGGAAAAUUAGGGUCAUCCCUCGCUACUCUGCUUCCUUACCGUACGGUAAUGAAAAAGUUACAUUCUACUUAGGCUUUUCAUUUGAUGGCGUAGUUGCUUUUGACAUUCAGGUGAUGAAAUAACUGUAUUAAUAGUAGUAAUAACAGAGGUUAUGUUAUCUUAAAUCAUCUUCAUCAAAAUGCAUCAAAAAUGAAUGCAUACGUUCUUUAUUAUACAUUUUUUACCAGACUGAAUCAAUGUGAGCACAACAGUUGACAAGUUUAGCAGAACAGCCUUGUUCAUGAUUUUGUUUUCCAGAUUUUGAAUGUUUUAUCUUAUAGAAUGCAUUUUCUUUUAUGACUUUAAAACAAAAAUAAAAAAGUUUGUGCAUUUAUAAUUUUCUAAAACAUACUUUUUUACUUAAAUAUUACUCAGCGAGGGUCCUCCACAAAAAGAGACCGGUUGUGUAGGAAUGUUCUAGAUAAUAAAAGUUAAAAGCUCUUUUAAGCAAAGUGAAAUUGCACCAAACAGUCCAGAUUAGCCUUAAGCUUUUAACUGAGCAGCUCUUGCAAACAUGCUGAUAGAGUUAAAGUAUUUAUUUUUUUAUUCAUUUUAUCUCUUUUCAUAUGUACUUUUACUAUUGAUUUCACUGGAUCUUACGGUACAUUUUUUUAUCCUAAAAAGUCCUAUUGUGCAUAACUUGUCCUUUUGCACAUUUGUUUUCAUGUGAACUAGAAAUACCUAUCAAGAGAUUCAAAUAUAUACAGUAUUACCUGCUCUUCCUAUUUUUUUAUUUUGAGCAUGAUGUUGCAAUAUAACAUGUUUUUCACAAAAAUCCACCAUUUUGUAACCCUUCCUUUGCUCUUCUAGCCAAGUCAAUAAGAUAAACAUGACUACAUGAUAUUAGCUGGGGUUUAAAAGAUCCUUUGCCUUAAGU